AUGUGGACUUAUUUAGCUACUUGGAUCACCCCCACCUCCCUCUUCAUCCUCAUCAACGUCGUCAUCGCCACCAUCGUCAUCACUUCCCGCCGCCAUCUCCACGACGGCCCCGCCCUCCUACGCCACCCUUCCUUCCUAGACAGAGUCAAGUCCUUCAACCUCUACCCCUACCACUCCGACCACCACCCCAAUCCAGACCCUCCAACCCGACUCGACCGAGCUCCAUCGGUGUUGGAUCGCCUCAAAUCCAUCACCCUCUACAGAUCCGAUUCAAAUCACGAACCGGAAACGCCACAGCCGGUAGCAGAACAGAGCCCGGAAAAGACCCACCACGACCAUUCCGUCAGCCGGAGCAAAUCCGACACCAAACCCCACGCUCCAACGACGAGCUUCCGGGCGAAAUUGCAGAAAUCGCUGAGCGAGAAGCUGUCAUGGACGUCGUUCACUAGGGCGGAUACAGCGGCGCAGGACGAAACAGAGGAAUCAGUAAGCGAAAUUGAAUGGCGUCGUCCGGCGACAACGAUGGCGGAGAUUGGAGAACCAAAAACGCCGGAAGCUGCCGACGAGGAGGAGGAGGUGGAUGUGAGAGCUGACGAUUUCAUCAACAAAUUCAAGCAGCAGCUGAAAUUGCAGAGGCUGGAAUCUCUGUUGCGUUACAGAGACAUGAUUAAAGGCAAAAAACAUUAA